AUGACAAAGAGUAAACGGAGUAUGACUUUCGAAGGGGAGAUAUUUCAAAUUGAAGAGUUGGAAGGAGAUGGGUCGAAACAAAAUGAUCUGAAACAACAGACACUCAUUAAUCGUAGAACUGCUGAUAAAAUGAAAAAUACCAAGUCCUUAGUAAUUCGAAAAACCGAAAUUAUGGCAAAGCAAUAUGAUACCUGGUACUUGCAAGGAAUAUUUCUCAUUUCCGCAUUUAUUUGUUCUUAUGGAUUUGCACUCGAUAGCAGUAUUAGAGAUAUCUAUAUGACGUACGCUGCGAAUUCUUACAAUACACAUUCGCUUUUAUCCACUAUUAGCAUUGUAAACAUGAUGAUAUCUGCUGUUGGUCAAGUAUUUUUUGCUGGUCUAUCGGAUGUGUUUGGAAGACUGAGCUUGUUUAUUGUAGCUAUUGUGUUUUACGUUGUCGGGACUGUCAUUCAAUCGCAAGCAUAUGAUAUCCAGAAAUAUUGCGCAGGCUCAGUCUUUUAUAACGUUGGACUUGUUGGCGCAAUGCUACAGGUCACCCUUUUCUUGUCAGAUAAUUCUUCUUUGAAAUGGAGGGUUUUGUACAAUUUUGUUCCAGCAUGGCCAGCGGUUAUCAACAUGUGGGUUUCAGGAAAUAUCGUGAAAGCAGCAGAUCCAUUAAAAAACUGGUCCUGGAGUAUAGCUAUGUGGGCAUUUAUAUUUCCUUUGAGUUGCAUUCCAUUGGUCGUAUGUAUUCUCCAUAUGAGGUGGCUAGCCAAAAAAUCUGAAGAGUGGAAGGAGCUGCAGCAAGAAAAAACAUUUUAUCAAACUCAUGGUAUGACAAAAACAAUUGUUCAACUUUUCUGGAGACUUGACGUAGUGGGAUUAAUUCUUUUAACUAUAUCAGUCGGUUGUAUUCUAGUUCCGUUAACUAUUGCUGGUGGGGUAAAGAGCGAAUGGAAUACAGGGAAAAUCAUAAGCCCCCUUGUUAUUGGUGUUAUUAUGGUGCCAAUAACAGUUUAUUGGGAAAGUAGGUGGGCAACUGCACCAUUUGCUCCUUUCAAGUUGGUCAAAGACCGGGGGAUAUGGGCUCCUAUCUGCAUGUAUUUUUUGGUUUGUUUCGUUUAUCAAAUGGCAGCUGGCUAUCUUUACACAAUUCUAUUGGUUGGAAUGAAUCAAACAGAUCUUUCUGCCACUCGUAUCAUGAAUAUAUACAGCUUUGUUUCUGCAAUAUAUUCCCCCUUUUUUGGGUUCAUAGUUGCGAAAACUAGAAAGCUAAAGUUCCACAUGCUAAUUGGGAGCAGCCUUUAUUUUGUUGUGAUGGGCCUUUUUUAUCGUUACAGAGGCGGGGAAAGUUCUACUGCUGGAGUUAUAGGAGCUAUGGUUAUCUGGGGGUUUGCUAGCUGUAUGUAUGACUAUCCUGUCACAGUUUCAGCCCAAUCUGUAACGACACAUGAAAACAUGGCAACUGUUACUGCUCUCAUGUCUACUACUUUUAGCAUUGGUGGCGCUGUAGCAUCUGCAGUUUCCGGAGCUAUCUGGACCAACCUAUUAUAUCCAAAACUUCUCAAAAAUCUAGGUAACCCAGAUUUAGCUGAGAUGGCCUAUAAUUCCCCACUGGAUUUUAUCGUUGAUUAUCCAUGGGGAACACCAAUAAGGAAAGCCAUGGUUGAGGCGUAUAAGUACGUACAAAAAUAUGAAGUCCUCAUUGGCUUAGUAUUCUGUGUUCCGAUGAUGAUUCUCACUUUCUGUGCUAGAGAUCCAGAGUUAACCGAUGGAUAUGGUCAGAAAUUGGAAGAUGGCGAAUACGUUCAAAAAGAACAGGAAGACCCAAUUUCUGACUGGCUCAAAAAUUGCUUCAAAAGCUUAAAGAGAAGACACUAG